UUUCAAAACAGACAACCGAUUAGUCCGCGAUGUGCUAACAGCAAGAGGAACCGAUCAUUCAAGCAUUGCUACGUCUUGCAGACGUCUGCCGGCCCGGCUCCUUCAGCCCUGGCGGCGAGUUCCGCAGCUGCAUCCCCUGCGACUUCGGCUCCUACACCGAGCAGCACGGCUCCCCCUUCUGCCUCUGGUGUCCACCGGGCAAGUCCACCUAUCGGCAGGGAAGCACCUCGCCCAAUGAUUGCGAAGUUUCCUGGGUGAUCUAUGCUUUCCUGUUUGGAAUAACGACCCUGACAUCGCUGGUCCUAUUUGUAUGGGUGUCACAAGCCUGGUCAUCCGAACGGAGGGUUAGGACCAUCAUCAUCGAGGACAAGCUCUCACGCUGCUUUCAGCCGAAGGUUCUUCCGCCAUCUCGUAGCAGAGCUUCGGACCGACGUAAGUUGACGGAAAACCCAAUGUUUGCGGCUGGACUUUGCUCAAACCCUAACUUCAAGUUUCACUUCGCUUCAUUUUAGAAGCCUCGACGACCUCAUGGAGUGCACUGACGUACAGAACCGACCUUAAAGAGAGAAUUUAUCUUUCAUAGGCUUUCUCUAAGCCGUCUUGCGUUCCUGAUAGAUUUGUGCUUUAGGCAAUAUGAAGUCUGUAUAAGCUUACUACGUACAAGUGUUCACUAGUAAUUUAUAAAAAAAAUUAUAAAGAAAAGUGUAGCGUCCCGCAAUUGUAUGCGGCGGUUUACGUGGGACUUCGUAGGAGGCUGCUCUGGGAUAAUUUUGACAACUUGAGCUUCCUUAAAGGGGAUCUAACUGUAAUUACACAAGCCUUUUUAAUUUCGCCUUCAUAAGAAUGCGGCUGCGAUGGCCGGUUAUCGAAACGCUUUUGUGCUGGUAGUCCAUUUUUUUUGAUACGCAGACUUCCAAACAGCCUGUUUUGGCUGCAAAGAGUUCAUAAGCACGUACUAUUUGACAGAAAUGUGUAGAGCGAUAAUGCCGAAGACAAGCUAUAGAGCUUGCAUGGAGGCAUUAUUAGGGUUGCUGUAAGCUGGCUGAAUGCGUUUUGUUGAGGGGUACAUAGAAAAUAUAGCUGCAAAAAAAAAAGAAAAAGAAGAAAAAAAGAAGAAAAAUGCAACAACAGAUAAGCGGUGUGCAGGAAUCUGGAAGAUAAAAAUGUGGCCUGUGACAGCAAAUAGCCGCGAAUACUGGGCAACCUAAGAUUUGAAUGCAGAAAACACCGGUACCAUGCUGACAGCCUCGAAUGUAACUACCUUAGGGCCCUGAACUCGCGCAGCGUAUCAUUUCCUGGAUUAUAGCAGUGAGCGAUUAGGUGUAGGGCGUGAAAACUUAUGUAUAAAGACAAACUAGUUAGUUAAUAAGGCAUUGGAACAGAAAUUUGGGUGCAAUCCGAGCUAUAUGGCCUAUGCUGAUCUGCUUAUAAACCAGUCGCUGGCUUUGAACAUUCUUUGACACUUUCAUGCCUAGGCUAAAGCCGGUUGAAAAAGACCCAUAAGCCCCACGCUGUGGUACUAUAUGGUCAUAAUUUAUUUAUAUGGAAACAUGCAGGUUUUCAUACAUAAUCCCGCAUGACCAUAUAUGACGUAUGGACACGGGGUACAUGGGUCUCACGGUUUUUUUUCCCUAUAGGAACUGAUUUGUUUUAUCAAUAGUACUAAGCCGAAGACCAUCUACAGUGGUGCAUCAUCUAAGGCUGUAUUCCGUUUCACACAUUUUCCGUUUUUUGUUUUGUUGGCAGACGAGACAAGAACGCGCCUCACGCAUAAGCUAGCUGCGCACGCAUGCUGGUAAAUGACGCUACAAUAGCAGCGACAAGAAAUGAACAACGACACGGACAAAGCGCGAUCAUUCUUUGCCUCGAACGAAACAGGUGCGAAGCCCAAGGGGCUCGGCAUAAGGCGUACGAGACUGGCCUGGAUAUAUCUUAACUAGGUCACACGGUGCAUGGCCACUUUCAAGACGAACCGGUGGGGCAGCGUAUCCCGUGCCGUCGAUAGCUCAGUUGGUAGAGCGGUGGACUGUAGAGGUUGCACCCAAAGCGGACAUCCAUAGGUCGCUGGUUCGAAUCCGGCUCGACGGACUACUCUAUUUUCCUUUUUGCUGUUUCGAGAUUAUAUUGUUUUCCAAGUCGUUGUUGGCUUAUUAUAAAGAUUUAAUCAAUUCCUCCUUUAGUUCGCGUUGGUUUUGCAUUGCUGAAACAAAAAUAACGCAUCUGCACGGAGGAAGGAAAGCAAAGGAGACGCCGCCGGGGCCAGCACGGACGUGUUGGAGAAAGUGCGGCGGAAGCCACGUGCUCCUUUUCGCAAUGGAGCACGGGGAAUGGUAUCCCAAACGUCAACGUUGACAUGGCAACCGCGCUCUUGAAGCUCUCGCUGCUGCUCUAAGGCCCUAGAAAGUGAGAUAUGUUUUUCUUUUUCGGCCGGUGUCUUUCCCGUAGCACAUUAUGUUCACGAGAAAAGCUGACUUUGGAGCAUGGUGCGUAAGCUUGAAAGUUGUGUGUUGAGUCUGUGCGUUUGUGUGUCAGCCGGCAAACGACACAAUCAAGCAACGAUGGCGCGGGUCUUCGUCGUCCUCUUCAACGUGCCACGGAAAACUGCAGGAGCGCGGCUGCUUCCCUAAACUGUUACAGAAGUUUCGCAGGACUUGUUUUGACGCGCGUGAGCAGCACGCACUUCCGGUGGCCCGCAGCAAUGCAAGUUCGAAGUUCGCGACUAUCUGCUCCGGCGAGCUGAUUGGAGGCGCAAAGAGAGAUGGCGCACCAACAUGGCCGCAUUUCCGGUUUCGAAAAACGUGACGUCAGGGCCUCUCCAAUCUUGUUUCUUUUCUCCGUGCACAACUGCAAUACUGCUCUGCAUGGUGAUUAGUAGUUAAUCGUCAGGUUUCGCAUGCAGAAACUGUACAGUGAGCUACAGGAAACGCCGUUACGGGGGCGGGGAUCCGGAUUAUUUUUGUGCCCCGGGGUUAGUUUGCUAAUGUCAUAAAUCUUUUGUUUUUCGUUCCGCUCCUUUCCGAAUGUGACCCCCACAGCGGGUAUCCAAUCCGGGACGCCGUUCUCGGCAGUGCCGUGUUGAAGCCGACGGGUGACAUGCCCGACGUCUGGGCUUUUUCCUGGAGUCGCCAAGGUGUACAUGGGAUAAGGCGUGUCUUAUACUCUUGUAGUCAACAACAGAGCCUUAGAAGCAUAUUUUUGUUUGACGUCAACGUUGAAAUACAAGCUUCCGUAUUUUUUGUAAACGCAUACACGUUUACUAAACAUUGCGAGGAAUUCCCCAUAGAAACGCCCGAAAACUAUCAUACGUAGGUUUACCAAUAUGCCCACUGUAACUUCCUGACUGCGUUUGGUUUCCGCAACUCUGCAACAGCGGCGGUGACACCACGAGAUGUGGCUGGAAAAUUUGCAUGCAGCUAUCGACACAACGCGGUGUUAUCGCCAGCGCAUUCUUGAGUCCAAUACUAACUGUGUUCCACCUUGUUUUGCAGCUGUGAUGACGAAUGAUUCCCGAAAGUCAGCAUCGUUGGAAGAAGAGCAGCACCCGCUCUUGCCGGCCACGACUGCUGCUUCGCGGCAAGCUGUAGGCAUGCAGACCGACGACCACAUCCACGUAAACUCGGCGCACCGCGGGGUCCGAACGGAGCCCUGCGAGCCAAAGCCUCCAGGUCUCAUGAAGCUGAACGCUGUGGGCGGCAGCCAUGGCACGAUGCAGAAGUCACCACUCGCCGCUCGUAAACCAUCCGAUGAAUUCUCACCUUGGCGCUCCCAAAACCGAUCGGCGCAGCGCGAAACUCGAAAAAUAGGAUCCCUAACCCCAGUCACGUCGCCACCGGCCAAAACACCGGCGAACCUAUGCGGGAGGCGAAACCAUCGAAGCGCCCAGCGCGAAUUCAAGAAUGGUUCCCGUUACAAAGCGCCAGCGUGGAACUCGUCACCGGAGGACUACCGCAGAGCCUCGCAGAGCCCACGGAUCCGCGACGACGUACCACGUGACGUCCGCGGGAUCUACGAAGCCGCCGACAGUCAGGCUUCCGACGGGUCGGUCCCGCUUUACGGCAGGUCUGUUCAUGCGAGUCCCCGGCGCUCUGCCUGGCCAUCGCCGCCGCUUGGCCGGGAAGACAAGCAGGACCGACUCAGUUCCCCCGUCUCGCCGGCACCCCACCAGGCGGUGCGCGAGUGCAGACAGUCUGAAGGAGAAUUUGUGAACCAAGUGACGCACUGCGAGGGACUUUUCAUUCCGCCCCACGGCGCCUAUUCAUCACAGGGUACUCGAAACAGGCCCGGAGCCACUAAUAUGUUCAGGCGUUUCGACUCAACCAUCGUCUGGGCCACGGACGAGUACUCCAAGCACAAGCAGCAGGGCCCCGGUAGGCGUUUCGACUCAACCAUUGCCUGGGUCACGGACGAGUACUCUAAGCACAAGCAGCAGGGCCCCGGCAGGCGUUUCGACUCAACCAUGGCCUGGGUCACGGACGAGUACUCCAAGCACAAGCAGCAGGGCCCCGGUAGGCGUUUCGACUCAACCAUGGCCUGGGUCACGGACGAGUACUCCAAGCACAAGCAGCAGGACCCCGGUAGGCGUUUCGACUCAACCAUUGCCUGGUUCACGGACGAGUACUCCAAGCACAAGCAGCAGGGCCCCGGCAGGCGUUUCGACUCAAUCAUGGCCUGGGUCACGGACGAGUACUCCAAGCACAAGCAGCAGGGCCCCGGUAGGCGUUUCGACUCAACCAUGGCCUGGGUCAUGGACGAGUACUCCAAGCACAAGCAGCAAGCCCCGGUAGGCGUUUCGACUCAACCAUGGCCUGGGUCAUGGACGAGUACUCCAAGCACAAGCAGCAAGCCCCGGUAGGCGUUUCGACUCAACCAUUGCCUGGGUCACGGACGAGUACUCCAAGCACAAGCAGCAGGGCCCCGGUAGGCGUUUCAACUCAACCAUCGUCUGGGUCACGGACGAGUACUCCAAGCACAAGCAGCACGGCCCCGGUAGGCGUUUCAACUCAACCAUCGUCUGGGUCACGGACGAGUACUCCAAGCACAAGCAGCACGGCCCCGGUAGGCGUUUCGACUCAACCAUUGCCUGGGUCACGGACGAGUACUCCAAGCACAAGCAGCAGGGCUCCGGUUAUUACGGCUCACCGAACGCUUGACAUAUAGGAUAGGAUAGGGACAACAUUAAUAAUGUGCCGGCAAACGACUGUUUAACGCGUCGUGACGCUGGCCAAGCGUCACACAUAUAACGAACGCAUACCUUACUGUAAUCAGCAACAUUGUCCUUUUCUCUUUUGGUGUUCUCCAUCAAUAUGAUUGUGUACUUGGAAAAAUUGAAUUUGAUGUGGUAAGGAAACUAUCUCUUCAGCCAUGCAAAAAGCCCCCGAACUUUCUUAGACGGGAGACGCAUUGCUGCAAACGUGUACUCGUA